AUGACCGGGCGGCCCAGAAACCUGCAUCCCUCACGCUCCUUUACGCGUCUCGACUCUGCGCCCAAGAGCCCACUCUCGCGAAGUCGAGCGAAUACACUGCAGGGCCCAAACGCGUCAGAUAUGCUAGAUCCAUUAAAGGCUGCCAUGGUCCCAGAGGAGGAUGAGCAUACUGAUGGAGACGUCUUUGCCAACAAGGAAGACGGUGACGACAACACCGAGGGUGGAGAACCCGCAGUACCCGACACUUUUGAGGAGCUUCCCAUCGAGAUCCGCAGCUUGACCGAGAGAUUCCUCGAAUCCCUCACUGCCAAAGUCCAUCCUACCCCCCCAUCCGCCGAUGCCCUUGCCCAUCUCUUCCAAGACUUCUACGGCCGCGCCUCUGCAAAAAUCAACACACACAUAGCCACCCUCUCUGCUCGAUUAACGAGUGAUAACUAUGUUGCGAACGCCAAGAAGGGGGCAGCCCCAUCAAGCAAACCAUCAUCGAUAUCCAAGGGAAACGAUCCGUCAGGGGAACAACAGAUGCUUAGUGCGACAGAAAUGGCCGACCGCAAGAAGGCACGGAGAUCGCUCGAGCUCAAGCGGUUCGCACUCGAAGAGGCUGUGGAACGCGCCGUGUGCGAGAAAGUCUACCAGCGGAUAUGGCGGCAUAGGAGCACUGACGACGAGGAGAGGGACCAUAAGCUCAGAUCGCGCACAGCUGCUCUCUCGCUUGUUGGCAUUGGCUUAAAAGAGCUCUUGAUGACUGGCGAGGAGUUGACUGAGGAGGAACGUCAGAAAGCCAAAGAGAAGGAGCCCGAGAUCCGAGAAUACCUAUCUGCCGCACGUCAAGAUAUCUUGAAGAUGAAUGAGGAGAAGUAUCCGCUUGGAAAGGUCCAACAUCUGACUGCUGCACACAAGUCCAUUGUCGAAGCUCUGUCAAAGAUAUUUCCUUCCACUUCGUCUGCUGAUGAAAUUCUCCCAACGUUGAUCUACGCACUUAUCACUAUGCCACCUGUCGACUUGAACGUUAUUAGCGACUUGAAUUUUAUACAUCGAUUCCGCGGAUCCAGCCGUAUGGAUGGUGAGACCGCAUACUGCCUGGUCAAUUUGGAGGCAGCCAUCUCAUUCUUGGAAACCGUCGAUCUUUCUUCCUUACGUGCCGAAGAAGCCGUUCCCACAAAGUCAGACUCGAGGCCUUCGACGCCCAAAUCCGAGAUUACACCAAUGCCCUUGGGACUUUCGGACGCGCCGGAUCUUAUCCAAACUCCAGCCACUCCUAUCUCCAAAACUCAUUCCAGGGAACCUUCAAGUCCGACAACUACCAAAGCUCAGCGUCGGUUAAGCAACCUCAUCCAAACGCAGACUAACAAGAUUGAGGCUGCUUCUGAUGCAGUUCGGGACUCGAUUCUUGAUUCCGCCGACCAAGCACUUGGCAGAAUUAACAACACAUUAGACACCAGCUUCAAGUUCUUCUUCGGUGGUCUAAAAGAAAAGAACCCGGAUGGACCCAUGCAGGAACAACCGGUACUCCCCAAGACACUAGAAGAUGCAAGGAAGCUUGUGAGCUCUCCCACUCGUGCAGAGCGGGAUGAUGAUAACUUGAGUGUCAGUGCAGCGAGUUCAGUACAUGGUGACGAGUCUACAGAAACCCCAGUCAGCAAAGGAUUGGACGCGAAGAUGGCUGAUCUUUUUGCUGGCAAAAGGCAGAUUAGAGAUCGUAGCGUCGAUUCCACUAAAUCCGGGGGAAGCAGUAGCGGACGACGUGUUGCAUUUGCUACAUCACAGAACGUAGAAGAGAAGGCACCAUCACCAGCUCCUAUUAAGGCGGAUGCUCCAGCACCAGGCAACAUUUCCGCUGUUGACUCUCUACGCAACAUGGGCAACAACUUCAAUCCUCUGAACCGAUUGUCCAGUAUGAACGUACUGCCCCGCUUUGCACGCGCCGUAAGCAGCAGUAGCACGCCUGUGCUCCCAUCCCCGAGCCAAGAGCAGGUCAAGACAUCGCCUUCUCCAGAGCCGCUGAGCCGCACAGCCACGAACGAAAUACCACCAAUCGAUGACAAGGGAGCGAAAGCAGUCGCUGCGUUAGAGCAGCUAAGGAAGACUGCACCGCCUUCCAAACGCUUUUUAGAGGCCAAGGAUGCUCAAGACUUGAAGCUCAAGGAGGUUGAAGAGCUACUAAAGGAACACCGCAAACUCCGAACCGCACACAUGACAGAACCAAUGUCAGGUCUUUCGUCGGAGAAGCUAAACACCUACUCUGACGACAUCAUCAUCGACGAUAUCGAUAUGGCGUACAACGACCCUCCCUCGUCGCCUUUUGUGGACCACAUCGAUGUCGAAGACCAAGAGAAUAUUGCCCCCAACGCAGCGGCCACACCCGUGAAGCCACUAGUUGAUCUGGAGGACAGCGCACCGCAAUCUGCGUUCAGAGUGUCGCCAGAGAAGAAGUAUGGGCUGAAAGAGCGCACAAGCCCAAUGAAGACGCUCCCGGUGAAGAAUUUAAUGGACGACUUCGACGACGCGGCACUCAAAAUUAGCGGCGACGAUCAACACACGCCCAAGAGAGAUAUCUCUUCAGCCAAGGAGACUCCCAUCGAGCGACCAGGCUCCGCAAUGAGCAGCAACUCCCACAAGAGCCAGUCACCCUCGAAAUCGUCCCGCGUUCCUUCGCCCGGAACGGCUCAGCGCAAGACAACACAUACACAUCAACGCCAAAUAUCUGUUACGCCAUCAAAACGACCGGCCUCUUCUCACCAAGAGCCAGCCCUUCGUGAUAAUGAAGGCUUAACCACUGCAAUGAAAUUCAUGGAAGAGAGUAGCUCGAGAAAUCGGGAAACUCCAAGGAAACAAUCUUCGCGAAACGACGAACACGAGAUCGAUCUGAGUAUGGACAAUACGGACUUCAACCCAGACGGCCCAGAAGUAACAUCCUUGGAUGUUGACGAUACCUGCUUCAGCAACUUCUCAGAAAUGCCCGGAAUAGAUAUGACAAAGUUUGCCGGCCUGAAGCAGAGCCCUACCAAAAGCCAGAUGCCAGAUGCUACGCCUCGCGCUCGCACUCAAAUGACCCCAUCGACAGUCCGCCGGUCCGAACGUACACCUAGCCCUACGCCACGGCGCGCAUACAACGACAAUGAUACUACAAAUCUACUCCUAGACUUUACAGCUCAGAUCGAAUCCUUUUCCUCAUCCCGCCGCGAGUCAGCAGGACGCAGCCGCCAUUCGCCUAGCAAGUCCGCUGCUGAGCCAAACCUCCGCGCAUACUACCAAAACCAGCGAUCACCAGCCAAAGGUGGAUCGCAAGUCCCUGCGACCCCGAACCAUAGAAGCCAAAUGUUGAAUUUGCUAGAUUUCGAGCUGCCUCCACCUCCAACACCACGCUCACUGCCUACUGUCACAAUUCGUGAAUUGGAGUCUGUAAAAUCCCAAUUCCAGUCUCAGGUCUCCUCUCUUACAGCUAGCUUGUCUGGAAAAGAAGCCGAGAUUGAUGCUCUUUCAAAAGCCAUCGCCGAUGCUGAGCGCCGGGUUGGCGAAGCCCAAGAGACUGUCCGUGACGAACGCUCAGCUCGUGAAUAUGCAGAGACUCAAAUGGUAGACUGGAAAUCAAAGGGUGAAGAGGUCCAAAGACUGCUGCAAGAUGUCCAGGCCGAGAUGGCUCGUAAUGAUGCUGAACGCGAAGAUCUCCUAGCGAGAUUGGCUGAUGCUGAAAAGCGUGCGGAUGAUGCUGAGAGCCGGUCGGCUGAGCUUGAAACCAAGGUCAUCGACGCUGAAAGCAAAAACGUGGACAUGACGACUUUCAUCAAUAACGACGAGGGAGAUGAGAACAAAAAGGUCUACUCUGAGCUCGAAUGCCAAUCUGCGAUUGCUGAGAAGGUCAAUGAGAUUGCACGCGACCUACAUACAGCUUACAAGGCCAAGCACGAGAAGAAGAUCAAGGCCCUCAAGGACAACUACCAGAAGAAGGCCGAUGAUAAGUGUAAGGAGCUUCGGGCGCAGAUUGUUAGUCUCGAACAACAAGUUGAGGAGGCAGAGAAGAAGCGUGACAGCACAUUCAGCAAGACCAACCCCGAUCAGCAUAACUCCGAGGACGAAAACCAAAGAGUAUCCCCCACAAAGUCUACACGAAACGUCGAAGAUGCUCAGAUGCUAGAAGCGCAGAGAGCCGAGAUCGAAAACCUUAAAGCUAGACUCGCUGGUCUGCAAUCUGAGCUUCAUUCCCUUCGCAAAUCCCAUGAUAUACUUGUGGAGGAUCUCGAGGCUGAGCGCAUCGAGAAGGGCGAGCUGGUAGCAGCUGCCGAACAAAUGCUGUCUAUGUGCGGUGAGAAGAUGGAAGAGAUGCAACAAGAAGACCUUCGCCGUUCACAAAUCAGCUCUGCACCACCUACUGCGCCUCAACAACAAGCACCACCCCAACAAGCAAUGCGCAACACAGGCUUCCUUGCUGGUGGCUCCAGCACUCCUCGCCCUGCGUCUGCCCUCGUUGGUGGACGCCCUGGUAGUGCUAUGGGUGACCGUCUAGGGGCCAUGAAUGAGCGCACAGGUAGUGCCAUCGCCAAACCGUCCGGUCUUCGUGCACCAGGUGGUCUAAAAUUUCAGGGUACUCCCGGACUGAACCGGAGCCAAAGUGGCGGGAAGAGCAGGUUAUUGUCUAACAUUGAGCGUAUGGGCGGGGGAAAGACACAGGAGUAG